GCCGAGGCGCCGCAGGGCGCGCGGUCGGUCAAGGUGGUCCUGGUCGGCGACGGCGGCUGCGGGAAGACGUCGCUGCUGAUGGUCUUCGCCGAGGGGGCCUUCCCCGAGAGCUACACCCCCACUGUGUUUGAGCGGCUCGCCGUUAAUCUGCAAAUGAAGGGCAAACCCCUGAACCUCCAAAUCUGGGACACAGCAGGGCAAGUUGACUAUGACCGCCUGCGGCCCCUCUUCUACCCCGACGCCAGUGUCCUUCUCCUCUGCUUCGAUGUCACCAGCCCGCACAGCUUUGACAACAUCUUCAACCGGUGGUACCCAGAGGUGAACCACUUCUGCAAGGAGGUGCCCAUCAUUGUUGUGGGCUGCAAGACUGACCUGCGCAAGGACAAGUUGCUGGUGAAGAAGCUGCGGAAAAAUAGGUUGGAGCCUGUGACCUACCACAGGGGCCAGGAGAUGGCGAGGUCCGUGGGUGCAGUGGCCUACCUCGAGUGCUCAGCCCUGCUCCAAGAAAACGUCCACGCGGUCUUCCAGGAAGCAGCGCAGGUGGCCCUCAGCAGCCGCAGUCGCAACUUCUGGAGGAGGGUUACCCGGAGCUGUUGCGUGGUGACCUGACAUCUUGAGGCCCUCCCUGCCCCAACCCCCCCAGCAGCUCAGGAAGGAGCUGGGCGCUGAGCUGCCCAGUUGGCUGGGCUGGACCCAGUCCCGAGGCUGUGAUCACCGAACUGCACCUCAAACAGAUGGACACCACCAAGGCCGGGCCCCUGACCCUGGGGCUGUAAUCCCUGGACUAGAGCGUAACCCCCGCCCAAGGCCUGAGGAAGGGGCUUCCAGAGCCCACCUGCCCUGUAGAGGGCUACUCCUGGAGUCCCCUAAAAAUGACUCCCAGACUCCCAGCUCCCAGCCUGGACCCACACAUCCAGAAGCAGCCUGUUCAGUGCUAUUCCCAGGGCUGCACCUUCGGGACCUGGCACUUCCAGGACCCUGGGCCACAACUCACACCCUCCCCAUCCCCCUGCCCCCUGCCCAUCCAGUGGUAACUAUAACAACUAAAACUACAUUGCUUGUCAGUUAUGUCACGUGUCUUGCUUUACACACAUGUUCCAUAGCAGAAAAGAACCCACCACGGGCGCCUGGGUGGCUCAGUUGGUUAAGCAACUGCCUUCGGCUCAGGUCAUGAUCCUGGAG